AGGAAUUGAAACUAAAAGUGAGUCGGCUGAAAGUGAUACAGGCGAAUUUCAUCUGAAAACAGACCAAAAAUCUCCUCGAAAAAUCAUUAAAUUCUUCAUUUUCAAGACAAUUAAAAGUCUGUCAUCAUGUCAAAGGCAGCAGGAAAGAUGAGGAACCUCAAAAAAACCAUCGAAAAGGUGAAUCACACGACGAAACUCAGGACAGAUAUACCCGCAGGAAUGGCAGCUGCUGGACCUCCAUUGGGCCCCCAACUCGGUCAACGUGGCAUCAAUAUUGCCGCAUUUGUGAAAGAUUUCAACGAACGCACGAAAGACAUCAAGGAAGGCAUACCAAUUCCGUGCCGCAUUCAGGUUAAUCCCGAUCGCUCGUAUACCCUUGUGACCCAUUCACCGCCAGCGACAUUCUUCCUGAAGCAAGCUGCGGGCAUCCAACGUGGGGCAAUGUACUCGCGCAAAGAGACUGCCGGAAAAAUUACGCUCAAACACUUGUACGAGAUUGCCGCAAUUAAAAUUAAGGAUCCACCGAAUGCCUUACUGACGAUGGAACAAAUGUGCAAGAUGCUCGUUGGCGUGGCAGCGACGUGCGGAAUACAAAUUGUGCGUGAUUUAGAUCCCGUGGAGUACGCACAGUUCCUGGAAGAACGAAAAGAAGUUGUGGCUGAGCAGAAGAGGGAGUUGCAGGAGAAGAAGGAAGCCAAAAUGUUGCGAACUGGUGUCUAAAAGGGCAACAAAGACUCGUUUUUUAGUCAUUAAAUUAAUAAUAAUUGAAAAUUUAUUAGGAAA